GGGGCUGCCGGGGCUGCUGCUGCUGCUGCUGCUGGGCCCCGCGCUGCCGGCCGGGCCCGCGGCCCUGCGGAGCGCUUUGGGUAUUCCUGCUUCCUGCCGGCUGUCCCAGGCUGAGUCGGAGCUCAGGUGCCACGUCCCAGGGGGGAAGCUGUGCAAUGACAGAGGCAGGUGUGAGUGUGGAGUCUGCAUCUGCCAAGUGACUGAGUCUGGCAAAUACUACGGUCCGCUCUGUGAGUGCCACGACUGGGUGUGCGAGACCUACGACGGGAAAAUCUGUGCAGGCCAUGGAAAGUGUGACUGUGGGAAGUGCAAAUGUGAUGAAGGCUGGUACGGUGAAGCUUGUCAGUAUCCAACUAUUUGCAAUCUUACACGGAAGAAAAGCAAUGAAAUGUGCAAGAAUUCUCAGGAUAUCAUCUGUUCUGGUGCAGGCACAUGUCAGUGUGGCAGGUGUCAAUGUGCUGACUCAGAAGAAAAUGGACUGGUAUAUGGAAAAUUUUGUGAAUGUGAUGACAGAGAAUGCAUUGAUGAUGAAACAGGAGAGAUUUGUACAGGCCAUGGAAAGUGUUACUGUGGAAACUGUUACUGUGAGGCUGGUUGGCAUGGAGAUAAAUGUGAAUUCCAGUGUGACAUCACCCCCUGGGAGAUCAAGAAAAGAUGCACAUCUCCAGAUGGCAAAAUCUGCAGCAACAGAGGCACAUGUGUAUGUGGGGAAUGUACAUGCCAUGAUGUGGACCCAACUGGUGACUGGGGAGAUAUUCAUGGAGAUACUUGUGAGUGUGAUGAAAGAAACUGCAAAGCAGUGUAUGAUAGAUAUUCUGAUGACUUCUGUUCAGGUCAUGGACAGUGUAAUUGUGGAAGAUGUGACUGUAAAGAAGGAUGGACUGGGAAGAAGUGUGAACAUCCACAUUCAUGUCCAAUAUCAGUUGAAGAAAGUGCUAAGAAAUGCCAAGGAAAUUCCAAUUUACCUUGCUCUGGAAGAGGGAGAUGUGAAUGUGGCCAAUGCACUUGUUUCCCUCCAGGAGACAACAGAGUUCAUGGCAAAAACUGUGAAUGUGAUGAUCGACAGUGUGAAAAUGCAGAUGGCGAUGUCUGUGGGGGCCAUGGUAUCUGCUCAUGUGGCCGAUGCAUUUGCCAGGAUGGGUGGUUUGGAAAGUUGUGCCAGCACUCAAGGAAGUGCAACAUGACGGAGGAGGAGAGCAGAAGUCUCUGCGAGUCAGCGGAUGGCAUAUUGUGCUCCGGGAAGGGCUCCUGCCACUGUGGAAAGUGCAUCUGUUCACCCCAGGAAUGGUACAUUUCGGGUGAUUUCUGUGAAUGCGAUGACAGAGACUGUGACAAACAUGAUGGUCUCAUUUGCACAGGUAACGGUGUUUGUAGCUGUGGAAACUGUGAGUGCUGGGAAGGAUGGAAUGGAAAUGCUUGUGAAAUCUGGCUGGGGAGAGAAUAUCCUUAAUGGAGGAUGUAAAAGAUUGAGGAGGUUAUUUUUUGUUUGUUUUUUCUUUAGGCUGCUAGGACAUUUAAUUUCAAAAGUAUCUGGGUGUGGGUAUGCAUGAACGCACACAUACAUGGUUGUAAAUACCUUAGAACACAUUUGAGGAUCUGCUCCUUAAAGAAAUGCAUCAGAAAACUAAACAAGGGACCACGACAGCCUAUGCUCUAGAGGGUGAAGUCAUAAAAUACUGGCCUAUGGAACUUGCCAGAGAUUUUUUGUAAAUUCAGUGGAACCGGUAAUAUACCUGUAAUGACUAUUUCUUUGAGCAACCUGAGGCAAAGGUAUAAGAAGACCCUUUUUUUAACAUUAUUUACUUGGUUACCGUGUCUUCUUGUCAGUAUGCAACAAUUCACGUGUAGAAGAGUAGCACUAGUGGAAUAUUGUCAAAUAAUUAGUUUGAUUUUUUUUAAUGGUAUUUGAAAAAGACAUUAUUUGGCCCGUUUUUUUCUUCCCAACAAUCCUGAUUAUAAACCAACUCAUAAGUUGAGAGAAACUGUAAGGAAGCCUAUAAAAAUAUUAAUGAUUUUUUACUUGGUCAUUUGUGUAACUGAGGUCCAAUUACGUGACACUUAUAGACUGAAAACCCAAAAUGUUUGAAUGGGAACCUUUUCCACAGGAGAACUUCUUUUAGUUGCUGUGGUUGAUAUGUCAGUAAGUUGGUUAUCUAAUCUACAUAUUACAAUACUUUAAAAUACAUAACCUAUAGAAACAUAUGGAGUGAAACUAAUAAAGAUAUAAAAGUAA